UUACCGGGUCCCGUUUACAGGUCAGAAAUUAAAAUGAAGUACAUUCUAGUUACUGGCGGUGUUAUAUCAGGAAUUGGAAAAGGAAUCCUUGCCAGCAGCGUGGGCACGAUACUGAAGUCAUGUGGUUUACAUGUCACGUCCAUUAAAAUCGACCCGUACAUUAACAUUGACGCGGGGACAUUCUCUCCUUAUGAACACGGGGAAGUGUUUGUGCUGGACGAUGGUGGGGAAGUAGACCUGGACCUGGGUAACUAUGAGCGGUUCCUAGACAUCCGCCUGACCAAGGACAACAACCUGACCACCGGAAAGAUCUACCAGCAUGUCAUUAACAAGGAGCGCAAAGGAGAUUACUUGGGGAAGACAGUCCAAGUGGUCCCUCACAUCACGGAUGCAAUCCAGGAGUGGGUGAUGAGACAGGCGCUGAUCCCUGUAGAUGACGAUGGCCUGGAACCUCAAGUCUGUGUUAUCGAGCUCGGGGGGACGGUGGGCGAUAUAGAGAGCAUGCCCUUCAUCGAGGCCUUCCGGCAAUUCCAGUUCAAAGUCAAAAGAGAGAACUUCUGCAAUAUCCAUGUCAGUCUCGUCCCCCAGCCAAGUUCAACAGGGGAACAGAAGACGAAACCCACUCAGAAUAGUGUUCGAGAACUUAGAGGGCUUGGGCUUUCCCCAGACCUGGUGGUGUGCAGGUGUUCAAACCCUCUCGACACAGCUGUGAAGGAGAAAAUAUCCAUGUUCUGCCACGUUGAGCCUGAACAGGUCAUCUGCGUCCAUGAUGUGUCCUCCAUCUACCGUGUCCCACUGCUACUAGAAGAGCAGGGGGUUGUGGAUUAUUUUCUCCGAAGACUGGAUCUCCCAAUUGAGAGGCAGCCCCGGAAAAUGCUGAUGAAGUGGAAGGAGAUGGCUGACAGAUACGACCGCUUGCUGGAGACCUGCUCCAUUGCCCUUGUGGGCAAAUACACCAAGUUCUCCGACUCCUAUGCCUCUGUCAUUAAGGCGCUGGAGCACUCGGCACUGGCCAUCAACCACAAACUGGAGAUCAAGUACAUAGACUCCACAGACCUGGAGCCGAGCACGCUGCAGGAGGAGCCCGUCCGCUACCACGAAGCCUGGCAGAAGCUCUGCAGUGCGCACGGAGUGCUGGUUCCUGGAGGGUUCGGUGUUCGAGGAACAGAAGGGAAGAUCCAGGCCAUCAGCUGGGCUCGCAAACAGAAGAAGCCUUUUCUGGGUGUGUGCUUAGGAAUGCAGCUGGCAGUGGUGGAAUUCUCCAGAAACGUGCUGGGAUGGCAAGAUGCCAAUUCUACAGAGUUUGAUCCCAAGACCAGUCACCCCGUGGUCAUAGACAUGCCAGAGCACAACCCUGGGCAGAUGGGCGGGACCAUGCGGCUGGGCAAGAGGAGAACCCUGUUCCAGACCAAGCACUCGGUCAUGAGAAAGCUCUAUGGGGACCCAGAGUUCCUGGAGGAGAGACACCGCCACAGGUUUGAGGUCAAUCCGGUUUUGAAAAAGUGCCUGGAGGAGCAAGGCCUCAAGUUCGUCGGCCAGGACGUUGAAGGAGAGCGCAUGGAGAUUGUGGAGCUGGAAGAUCACCCUUUUUUUGUGGGGGUUCAGUACCACCCCGAGUUCCUGUCCAGGCCCAUCAAGCCUUCCCCGCCCUACUUCGGCCUCCUCCUGGCCUCUGUUGGGAGGCUCCCACAUUACCUCCAGAAGGGCUGCCGGCUCUCGCCCAGGGACACCUACAGUGACCGAAGUGGAAGCAGCUCCCCCGACUCUGAAAUCACGGAAUUGAAAUUCCCAUCAAUAAAUCAUGACUGAACCUGGUAACGGAUGCUUCUUCACAAGAACCUUCGACUUUUGAUAGCGUUUACAGCUUUGAUUUUACACUCGGCUUUUGACACUUCCUUUAAAUUAUGUUUUUAUUAAAAUUAUUUUAUUAUGGGGAAAGGUAUUUGGGAAACUCUGACGUGUCUGUCCAUCAUGUGUUGACUUGGCUUGCCGGCACCCUGCCUUCACAUUUCCUGAGGAGAGCAGCCUGCGGGGCGCUGACGACAGAGGGGCUGGCAGUGCCCCCAGUGCCACGUUUCUCCAACUACCUCGCCUUGUCAAUGUGGAUCCCAGAGCUGGUAUGAAGUGUGCCCCCAACUGCGCAUGGAAGCACGGGAAGGCACGCACGGCCAGUACUUGCAGCACGCUGGUGCUGGUGGCCUGAGGGCAUUGCUGCCACCAGGAGCAGUGAGACUCCACGUGGCCCUGAGCUAUGGGACUUGGCCACUUUGCCGUUGCAUGGACUGGUGGAGGAGUCUGCCCUGGAAGUGUGCUCUGGCUCUGCUUCUCCUUGCAUCAAGGGGUUGCUCUAAGGACAGAGCCUGUGGGGAGCUGUCACCAAAGCCCUUCUAGACAGACAGCUUUGGCUGUCUUUCUUCCAGAACAGCACUGGUGCAGCUGGAAUGGGGUGUGAAGAGCUGUUUUCUUAGUGUGAUGUAAUAGUAGGCACAGCUGCCUGCCCAGUGUCAGGGUUGGACCUGUGUAUACGCUCUAACUUAAAUAAACCAUGGAGAACGA